GGUCUGGUCCGAGGAGAUCAGUCUUCUCCCAUCUGCCAGAUCCACCGUUCAGCUUCUGCAAAUAUCCUCUGGAACAUCUCACGCAGUAACCAUGCAGCUGUGCAUCAGAAGACUGGCAUGUCUGGCUGUCCUCGUCGGAGUUCUGGCAAUUUACACAACAAAUGCUGCGCCAAUAAAGAUUUCCAAGUGCUGCACUGAGGUCAGUGUCGCAAACGUCACGGCUCCCAUCCUUGGCUACAGGAUACAGAAGAAGAACCUGCCCUGUGUCAAUGCCGUCAUAUUUGAGACAACAGAGGGAGAAGUCUGCAGCCACUGGAAACAGGAGUGGGUGUUUGAGAAGAUCAUGGAGCUAGAAGAGGCCCGCAAAGCAAAGAAGAUGACUACUCCAUCUACAACCUCUAGCCAAUAGAAAGCACUCAUAAAUAUCUGCUGCCAACUAUAUUGAACUAAUUUAAAAUAUUUAAAAUGCUUUCUGAUGUUAUUCUGUGAUAUUUAAUAUUUAUUAUUUAUUUGCAUGCCUUCUUUAUAAUUUCCUGUCUGUGCUAUUUGUUCAGUUAACAUAAGGCUUAACAGAGGUAAAAGAUACAAAACAUGUCCAUGGUGUGCAGUACAAAGUAUUAUAGCUGAGAGAUGUCUGCUGUUUGAUACAAACAAAAUAAAUGUUCUUUUUCACUAUCUA